AUGGUAAAUCAGCUUCUUGAUGGCCAAUGGUUGCGGAGUGAUGGGACCACCUUUGACUACACCAACUGGUACACUACAGAACCUAACAACAAUGGUGGUCCAGAGAACUGCUUGGAGAUAAACUGGGCCACUGAAAAGUGCCACUUUGGAUGGACCCCUUUUGGCAAGAAAUGCUACAAGUUCUUCCCUUCGCAAGUUGACUGGAUCACAGCAGAGAAAAGCUGUCAGAGACUUAAUUCGAAUCUCGCAUCUGUGCAAAGUCAAGUGGAAAAUGAAUUUCUGCUCGAUCUGGUGCCUGUUUCUGCACGUUGUUGGGUUGGUGGUCAUGAUGGGGUAAAAGAUGGAAAAUGGUUGUGGAGUGAUGGGACCACCUUUGACUAUACCAACUGGUGCUCUGCAGAACCUAGUGGCAAUACUGAGAACUGCUUGGAGAUAAACUGGACCACUAAACGUUGCUGGAAUGAUGAGAACUUUUCGACUUCAAUGGGCUAUAUUUGUGCUAAAGGCAUGUGA